UUCUGUGCGCGAGCGACAUGCGAGUCCAUGUGCUCAAGCGCUUGACGUUGUCUGCACACUUAAAAAUACUAACGUUCUAGUUUACACGUUGUGUUAUUGAUACUUUGGUGGUGUUUACUACGUCAUGAGUAAAUCUGCUGCUAUGGAACUUCUCGAAGAGAUAGAGCGGACUGUCGUUCUUGGGCGAGAAUUUUCCAACGUGCUUGAAGACGCGUGUGGUGUUUCUGACCAAGACGAGUUUGAUUUCUUGCGAUUCCUCGUAGACUGCAUUGUCCGUGGCGACUACGUGAGUGUGUUCACAGACGAUCGGACAAAGAGAUUACUGCGCGUGUCAUCUUACUCUAGUUGUUUAUGUGAAAUACUUGAGAAAUGCAACAACUACGUGGACGGCGGUCGCCGCACUCGGCAAUUGACUGUGCUCCUUGUCGGUGUAGCUGCUUUGAAGCUCUUUGUCCAGUGCAACUGGACGGGACCAGCUGUAGAAGUUGUUAAUGACAUUUUCCCCAACUCGGAAUCCGACGAGUGCCAGCGCGCGUGUCUGAAAGCUCUCGAAAUAUGCGGAGAGCCGCCAUACCACCUGAUAGAACAAGCCCCUUUCCUUAUCAUUGCCGAGGCCUUGCUUGUGCGCUGUAAUGAAAUGCUUCACAGCUGUUGGUCCGCUGACUGGUGGGCGUGGAGGUGUGCGUACGUACAUCAGUUAGUUAUGCUUGACCGAUCCCAAGAACUGUACAACGAAAUUUGCGACCGAAUCGCCAAGGUUGAAAAGAAUCUACCUUCCCCCGAUGAAGGCGACGAGCAGAGAAAGCUAAGAAUGGUGUAUUGCACCGAAGCAGCGCUGUCCUACGUGCAUUACUUCGAAGUGCGAAAUAGUCGUUCGUACUUGGACGCGGCGAAAAGUGUUUCAAAUGUCGAGUUUCAGCUGACUGGAGCACUUGGAAAGAGGACUUACCACCAGGAAAAUGAGCUCCCCCAGUUGCUGCUUGAAGUGCGGCACAAAGAAAACGGCGACGUCGCUACUUCGUCGUUAAAAAGGGCGAAUUAUUUCCCUAAGAAUGCGCCGCUUAAAGAUGACACCGUCAUGAAUGAGAUAAAGUUUAGUGCCAGUACAGCUGCAGAUGUUAGCCUAACGCCCGAGGAGGGUUGUUUGCUUCUAGCCGUGUGCAUCCUGAGCAAGAGCAUCAGUGCACCAGAUGCUCUUAGAGAUGAAGAAGUCAUGGCAUACAUUGAGCGAGUGCUUUCAGUGCCUUGCUCUUGGUCGGUGCAGUUCAGUGCACUCUUUCAGCGAUGCAGACUGGAACGUAAAAGUAGCCGGCGAGUCGAGCGAUCUAUGACUCAACUGCAGUGCCUCGUCGACGCUGUUAAAUCCCCUGAACCUAGUGCUAGUGCCAGGCAAGAGCUCUUCUUCUCUGUAGCUAUGCCGUCCAUCUGGGAAGUUGAAAAGGAGCUGGGCAACCUCUUCUUCGCACUGGGCGCUACAAAGAGUGCCCUCGACGUUUUCAUCAAAUACGAGCUUUGGGAAGAUGUUAUAAACUGUUACACCAAGAUAGGACGCCGUGACAGAGCAGAAAAUGUUGUGAGGAAGCUGCUCGAAGAAGAAGAAUCCGCGCACCUGUACUGUUUGCUGGGUGACGCAACGCAGGACCCUGAGCACUACACGAAGGCCUGGGAGAUAUCAGGUCAUACCAGUGCAAGAGCUCAGCGCUCACUUGGCUUGUUCUAUUAUAACAAGAAGGAGUUUCAAGAGGCCAUUCCGUAUCUUGAAAAGUCAUCAGAACUUAAUGGAAUACAGAUGAACGUUUGGUUUGCCCUUGGUUACUCUGCCAUGCAGGUUGAGAACUAUGCUCUGUCUGUGAAGGCAUAUAAACGUGUUGUGAAUUUGGACCCUGAAAGCUUUGAAGCAUGGAACAAUAUGGCCAGUGCUUAUAUCCACAUGGGAGACAAGCAAAAAGCCUGGAAAGUUCUGCAGGAAGCACUUAAGUGCAGUUAUGACAAUUGGAGAGUGUGGGAAAACUACCUACUUGUGUGCAUGGAUGUUGGAGCUUUUGAGGAGUGCAUAACUUCUUGGCACAGACUGAUUGACAUUAAGGGAAAGCAUUCUGAUGGCAAGGUGGCGAGACUCUUGGUUAAGGUUGUAGCUGAAGGAAUUCCUGACAUCUAUGGCAAGCCUGGAACUCACCUUAAGUCGAAGCUGCUCGCGCUGUUUGGCAGAGUGACAUCUGGUGUCACUAACGAUGCUGACAUUUGGCACUCGUACGGGUCUCUCUACCAGCUCUCAAGUGAAGAUUCAAGUACAACUGUGGAAGACACAGAGCGAAUGCUACAAUUCUUUCAGAAAUCAUUUCGCUGUCAUAAUCAAAAGUCAAAUUGGGAGAAGGAAGUGGCAGCUUGCAGGGAGCAUCUAAUACGUUCGAAGGACCUUUUGGACAUUUACAUUUCUGCGACAAAACAGUUUAAAUGACAGAGCUCGCAAGCACCAGCUCUUAUCAUCUGCUAGAAUCACAGUGAAAGGUACGCUGUCAAUUGUUGAGAACUACAAAGUCAACUAUACAUCUGAAAUUCUUGAUGAACUGACACCUGCAAUUAAUACUCUUGC